AUCCAAAUAUUACAGUCAUCUUGAUUUUCUGAGAUUCCUUUUUACUCUUCUGUUCUAUUCUUUCUCUCUCUCCGAAUUUUCCCCCUUUUCUCUCUCUUUUUCCCUCGAAGGAUCUUCUUUUUCACUUAAAUAUUCUGGAAUUCUUACAUCAAUUGCUCAAAGGGUUUUAACGGAGAACAAAAACCCUGGUCUGUAAGUUUUACAUCAUAUGAAGAUCUAACAAUUUGUAUCUCUUGAGCCUUUUUCUUCAAGAAAAAAUGUCUCAGACUCACUGGGAAGCUGAUAAAAUGUUAGAUGUUUAUAUACAUGACUACUUGGUAAAGAGGGAUUUAAAAGCUUCAGCCCAAGCAUUUCAAGCAGAGGGAAAAGUCUCAUCUGACCCUGUUGCUAUUGAUGCACCUGGUGGCUUUCUAUUCGAAUGGUGGUCAGUAUUUUGGGACAUAUUUAUUGCAAGAACCAAUGAGAAACACUCAGAAGUUGCAGCCUCUUACAUUGAGACACAGUUAAUCAAAGCAAGAGAGCAACAACAACAACAACAGCAACCACAACAACAACCACCACAUCCACAACAACAACAACAGCAACAACAACAACAACAUCAACAGAUGCAAAUGCAACAGCUCAUGUUGCAACGCCAAGCUCAACAACAACAACAGCAACAACAGCAGCAACAACAGCAACAGCAGCAGCAACAACAACAGCAGCAACAAGCACAACAACAGCAACAGCAGCAACAAAGGAGAGAUGGGGCCCACCUUCUGAAUGGGGCAUCAAACAGACUUGUUGGAAAUGAGCCACUUAUGAGACAAAAUCCUGGAGUCAAUGCUAUUGCUACAAAAAUGUAUGAGGAGAAAUUGAAAGUCCCACUUCCUAGGGACUCUUUAGAUGAUGCAGCUAUGAAGAGAUAUGGUGAGAAUGUGGGCCAGCUUUUGGAUCCCAACCAAGCUUCAAUCUUGAAAUCUGCUGCUGCAGCAGCUGGACAACCUUCAGGGCAAGUGUUGCAUGGGACAGCUGGCAGUAUGUCUCCUCAAGUUCAAGCGCGGAACCAACAACUUCCAGGCUCUGCACCUGAAAUAAAAACGGAAAUGAAUCCAAUUUUGAAUCCUAGAGCAGCGGGACCCGAAGUAUCAUUAAUUGGGAUUCCUGGAUCAAAUCAAGGUGGUAAUAACUUGACAUUUGAAAGGAUGGCCUCUCACACAGGGGUUAGAUCAAUUGAGAUCUGGUUUAAUGCAACAACAGAAGUCAUUCAUGCAAGGAUCACAACCAUUUCAUCAGUUACAAAUGAUGUCACCACAACAUCAACAACAGCUUCUAUUAGCACAACAAAACAUGACAUCACAAUCAGCUAAUGAUGAAAGCAGAAGGCUUAGAAUGCUUCUUACUAACAGAAGCAUGGGUAUGGGAAAAGAUGGAAGUGGUCUUUCAACUUCUGUUGGUGAUAUUCCAAAUGUGGGGUCCCCAAUGCCCGUUUUACCCCGUGGAGAUACUGAUAUGUUACUCAAGUUAAAAAUGGCGCAAUUACAGCAACAACAGCAGCAGCAGCAGCAGCAACAGAAUGGUGGGAAUCAGCAACAGCAACAACAGCAGCAGAUUCAUCAUUCUCUUUCUGCUCCUCAGCCUCAAAAUUCAAAUUUAAAUAUUCAACAAGAAAAGAUUGUGGGUGCAAGUAGUGUGGGAGAUGGGAGCAUGUCGAAUUCGUUUAGAGGAAAUGAUCAGGCUUCAAAAAACCAGACUGGAAGAAAAAGAAAACAGCCCGUGUCAUCAUCCGGGCCCGCCAAUAGUUCCGGAACAGCAAACACAGCGGGCCCCUCACCAUCUUCAGCACCUUCAACUCCAUCAACUCAUACACCUGGUGAUGUCAUCUCAAUGCCUAAUUUGCCACAUAAUGACAGCUCAUCAAAAUCUUUAAUGAUGUUUCGACCCGAUGGUGGGCCCACGAAUAAUCUCACCUCCCCAUCAAAUCAAUUGGCUGACAUGGAUCGUUUUGUGGAAGAUGGAUCUCUUGAUGAUAAUGUGGAAUCUUUUUUGUCUCAUGAUGAUACGGAUUUGAGGGAUACAGUUGGUGGUCGUUGUAUGGAUGUCAGCAAAGGGUUUACAUUUACGGAGGUAAAUUCAGUUCGUGCUAGUGCAAGUAAGGUUGUGUGUUGCCAUUUUUCAUCGGAUGGUAAACUUCUUGCAAGUGGUGGCCACGAUAAAAAGGCUGUAUUGUGGUAUACAGAUUCGUUAAAACCCAAAACAACUCUCGAAGAACAUUCAUCAUUGAUCACGGAUGUGCGCUUCAGCCCAAGCAUGCCCCGCCUUGCCACGUCAUCCUUUGAUAAAACCGUUCGUGUUUGGGAUGCCGACAACUCUGGUUUUUCUCUUCGGACAUUUAUGGGACAUUCUACAUCUGUGAUGUCAUUGGAUUUCCACCCGAAUAAAGAUGAUCUCAUUUGUUCGUGUGAUGGAGAUGGAGAAAUACGGUAUUGGAGCAUCAACAAUGGUAGCUGUUCUCGUGUAUUCAAGGGAGCAACAGCCCAAGUGAGAUUUCAACCACGCCAUGGAAGAUUUCUUGCAGCAGCUGCAGAAAACAUUGUAUCGAUUCUUGAUGUGGAGACUCAAGCAUGUCGACAUACAUUAACGGGGCAUACAAAGCCGAUUCAUUCUGUUUGUUGGGACCCAAGUGGGGAGUAUUUGGCAUCCGUUAGUGAGGACUCUGUUCGUGUGUGGUCUCUUAUGGCAGGAAAUGAAGGGGAAUGUGUACAUGAUCUUAGUUGUAAUGGCAACAAGUUUCACUCAUGUGUUUUUCAUCCUAGUUAUGCUUCAUUAUUGGUCAUCGGUUGUUACCAGUCGUUGGAGUUGUGGAAUAUGUCAGAGAACAAGACAAUGACUUUAUCGGCUCAUGAAGGAUUGAUUGCUGGCUUGGCUUUGUCCACUGUUACGGGUUUGGUAGCUUCUGCUAGCCAUGAUAAGAUUGUUAAGCUUUGGAAAUGAAAAAAAAACAAGAAACAAAAAAUGUUGUAUCAUCUGUUGUAUCUUGAAUGUGGAACAGUAUGUUUAUUGUGCUUUGGUGAUAUGUUUAUAUGGGUAAAAACAUGCUAUCCUUAAUUAUGAAAAGCUCCA